AUGACUACAGGCGAUAAUUCAACUAAAAUCAUCCUUUCCUCACCAGAGGAUUGGAAUAGUUGGAUUCGAAAUGUUCAGCGUAUUGCAGAAUCCGGCGGCAUCAAAUGCUGGAUGCAAUUAGAGAACUAUCGUAUCAAGAAUACCAAGUACGAGAAAAUCAACAAGGCCAUUUCAGAGGUUCUCAAGCUAGCAUCAACUGAUCGUGCGAGAGAGCUUACCGUCGUAGCACGAUACAAUUGUGUAAAGCAACCCUACAAAUCCAAUCAGGAUAUUUAUGAAUGGUUGAACGAAUGGGAACUCAUCUACACUGAGGCUAAAACUCUCAAUCUGCCAGACGUCGAUCGAAAUCGAGCUGCGUUCGACUUUUCUACAGCCCUUAUGAAUCACAGCUCCUCUUGGGCAACUUCAACUCUGUUGGAGAUCACCAAAAAGCUCAAGAAUCAGCCUGAAGAAACGAUUGAUGUGUACGAUUUAAUCGAAGACUUUCGAAACUACACUCGACUCACACAGGCAUCAACUACUUCAACCUCUUCUACGUCAUUUGCAACCUAUAAGGAUGGGAAUAAAGAUAAAAAGGAAGGAGAGAGAACCUGUCUAUGUGGCAAGAAACAUCUAUAUGAAAAAUGCUACUAUCUAUAUUCGGAUAAUCGACCAAGGAACUGGAAACCAAUCGAUGCCGAUAUUGAAUACUUCAAGAAGUUCUGGGGAAGGCAAUCAACAAAACGAAGGAACUGCGAUUCCGAUACCCAUGUCACCAACUCUCUACACAACUUUGUUCUUGAAGAGUUUGGAAAGCCAUCCGAUAUGAUAAGCGCUGGAAGGGACCGAUUCCAAAUUGAAGCAUUCGGUACUAUCACUAUGUUGAUCAAUACACCAACUGGGCCAGGGCAAAUAACCUUAAAAAGAGUGGCGUACAUCCCAGGGUUUCUUACAAACCUAGUCUCUCUAGCUUUACUCUCAAAGAAAGGUGUACAUUGGAACACUGAACACCCAGAUGUCCUUACAAAAGAAGGCAUUGCAUUUAUUACUCUGAAGCAAACAGGAGACCAUUGGACCCUCGAUCCUAUUAUCCUUUCUCAGCAUGCUUCGUUUGCCACCAAAAACCACACCAAAUCAAUAUGCCGAAAGGUUACAACAACAGAGUUACAUGAUCUUCUAGGCCAUCCUUCUCUCGAAGCCCUUCAGCACCUAGAAUCAGCAACUACUGAUAUCAUUAUCGACAAAACGAUUUCGACACCUUCCUUCUCUACCUGCAAAGUUUGUAAUCUCUCGAAGGCUCAACAGAUUAUAUCUCGUAAUCCAAGGAAGGAGAUGCCAGAGAACGGCCAUGUCGGAGAUCGAUUGGCAUGGGAUCUGUUCGAGAUGGAUGAGGCUUAUAAUAAUACCCGAUAUAUCAGCCACUUCUGGUGUACGACACACAAAAUACAAUGGGUGUAUGUUCUAACUAGGAAAACAGAGAUGAUCGAUAUUAUGGAUACUCAAUUCUCUCUGAUACAAACACAAUUCGGCUCAAAGGUCCGAUUCAUACGCCUCGACGGUGAAACUACGUUAGGGGGCGACUUCAAGAGGAUCACAGACAAACGUGGCAUCAUUGUCGAACGCACUCCACCAGAUACACCAGCACAGAAUGGCGCUGCAGAGAAUGCUGGUAAAAUGCUCAUGGUCAGAGCAAGAGCCCUCCUCCUUUCAGCAAACCUACCACAAAACCUUUGGCCAGAAGCAAUUAAAACAGCCGGUUAUCUUGAAAACCGUACUCCAAAAAGAGCUCUUCAAUGGAAAACACCAUUUGAAAGUGCUACUGGCAAUAAACCUUCGCUAGCACAUCUACAUCCAUAUGGGUGCUUGGCAUAUGUGCUCAACAAGCAGAUUCCAAGACGUGCGAAGAUGCAACCUCGUGCAAAACUGGGCUAUCUUGUAGGGUAUGAUUCAACGAAUAUCUUCAGGAUCUGGCUCCCUUCCAUAAAUCGCGUCAUUCGAAGUAGGGAUGUCAAAUUUGAUGAAACCCGGUAUUAUCGACCAGAAGAUAUAGAUAUUGGCUUUCUUAUUAAGGAUCAACUUCGGGAUACUGCAGCUAUUCACGAAAAGAGGGCAGAAGAGAUAGAAAUAUCGAAUCUGUUGAGUGAAGAAUCAGAUGAGAGUAUUGGUGAUAUAAUUGUAGUUGAAGGGCCAUGGAACUUACAACACAAUCGCUUAAACGAGCGACCAACGAAUGAAAGCUCUUCAAACAAGACGGAUGAUGGUAUUCCAACCAAUGAGGGGGUUCCUCAAACUAACCCUCAAUUGCCAACGCCUAGAGCAACCUUAUCACCAGAAGCACUUACAAGACAAUCUACUGGAGAUGUUCCUAUACCAUCAUUACCGGAGUCAGAACUCUCAUCUUCCCCAUCAUCAUCGUUAAGUCAACAUGAUAUCAUCACUACAACAUCAUCUCAUAAUACAGCACCUUUGGCAGAGCAAAUACGUGCCGAUAUCGACGUAUCCCAUAUAAUUCAGGGUUCUAGACGUUCACAAAGGAAAGAACAUCAUGCUGCAGCACUUUCAUCACUUCCUCAACUAUCCAGCUACUUUGCAGCAUUUGCUAUCGGAAGGUCUAAAUUACGAACUCCUAGAUUACAUCAAAAUGAUCUACCACCUCCACCUCGAUUUUAUCAUGAGCUAGUACAGCAUCCAUAUGCUAGAGAAUUCCAAAAAGCAUGUGAGGAUGAGAUCAACGCUCUGAAAGAACGUAAAACCUUCGAAUACAUCGAUAUAUCUACAAGAGGACAAAAGCCUUUACCAUUACUCUGGGUUUUCACUUAUAAAUUCGAUCAAGAUGGUUAUCUCAUCAAGUUCAAAGCAAGAAUCUGUGCCAGAGGAGAUCUUCAAUCAACCGAAGAAGAGACAUACGCUGCAACGCUAACUUCACAAAUUUUUAGAGCUAUGAUGGCUAUCGCUGCAGCUUUCGAUCUUGAGAUUCGACAAUUUGACGUUUCCAAUGCUUUUUUACAUGCAACAUUAAGGCAACCAAUUAUUUGCAAGUGCCCUGAUGGCUUCGAAGUCCCAGGGAAAGUGAUUUCCGUAAACCAAGCACUUUAUGGCUUCCGAGAGUCUCCAGCAUACUGGUAUGAGGAUCUGACCUACACGUUAACCGACUUUGGUCUGGAUCCAGUUCCAGGAGCACCCUGUGUUUUCACCAAUAGCUGGCUUACGGUUCUCUUCUAUGUCGACGAUAUUAUCGCAAUUUGCAAGAAAGCUGAUUUGCUACGAUUAACCUUAUUCGAAAACACCUUAAAAUCAGCAUACACCAUCAAAUCACUUGGAGAUAUACAGUUCUUCUUAGGGAUUAGGGUACUACGAGAUCGACAAAAUCAUCGUGUGUGGCUUUGCCAAGAUAACUACAUUUCAAAAAUAUCAAACGGCUUCAAUAUCAAACCUAAUCCUCAAGCCUGUUCUCUAUUGCCAACAAUAAUACUUACAAAGAAUCCAGCAAUUGUAACUCCGCAAUAG